AUGCGCUACUACCUCAACACUCACAUGGCUCUGGAGCAGCGUCGUAUGCAGAAUCAACAGUCAGGCCACCCAGGACCUCGGGUCUUGGUUACUGGUCCCUCUGGGUCGGGGCGCACCUCUCUGUGUCGAAUUUUGCUCAAUUAUGCCGUGCGAAUCGAGCGAACCCCGCUUUUCGUCGACCUGAACCCGCGCGAAGGCAAUUUAGCAGUUCCCGGCACGUUGGGUGCAGCCGUCAUUGAGGAAAUGCUGCCCCCGGAGCUGCCCUUUGUCUUGGCCAAUCCCCACGUCCUCCAUUUCGGCCACGCCGGGCCCGAAGAUGACCGCUAUGUGUAUGAUCAUCAAGUCGCAUCUUUGGCCCGAAUUGUGUCCAGCAAAAUGGAGAGCGACCCACUGGUGCAGGCAUCAGGAAUGUUUAUCAACUGCCCAGCCUUGGCAGGCGCCGAUGUCUUGGCUACCCGGGCAGCGUUUGGCUGUGAUGUAGUGAUCGUCUUGGACAACGAGCGCUUGGUUAAUGAGCUGAAUGCUUUGGUCCGACAGUCACAAUCCCCGGUUGAGAUUAUUGGUUUGCCAAAGUCUGGUGGGGUCGUUGUUCGCGAUGAAAGCAUGUCCAAAGGACAAGAUCAUGCCGCGUUUUACAAGUACUUUUAUGGCAACCCAAAGAGCGAGACAUACAAUUUGAGCCCCUUUUCCUUCGAUGUCAAACUCGGCAAAGUCCAAGUUUUUCGUCUUGGAGGCCUUCAGCUCCCUGCAUCCUUGUUACCGGUGGAUGCGGAUGUGAACGAGUAUCGCCUCCGGGUUUCAGAAGCUCCCGCUUCGGCAGGUUGGAAGCACCGCAUUUGCUCCGUCGUCGAAGAAGCGGAUAUCGGUAGUAGUGUGUUGGGAUGUGUCUGCAUCUUGCACUACGACGAGGAGCGACAAGUCAUCAAAGCUUACAAGGUCAUGCGCGUCGAGCGGCGCCAAGCCCGCCUUUCGCCUUUCGCCUCUCUGCCUCUCUGCCUCUCCCCCGUGCGCGCCUGGGUGCCUGAAGCGCCCAUCGUAGCUUGA